AUUGUAGCAUUAAUAAUAAUAGCAAGAGAAUCAGUUUUUAAAUAUAAUAAUUAUACUAAUUUAUUUAUAUUUAAUUUGAUUUUAUUAUUAGUUUUAUUAGUAUUAACUUUUAGAAGAAUAAAUUUAUUUAUAUUUUAUUUAUUUUUUGAAAGAAGAUUAAUUCCUACAUUAUUUUUAAUUUUAGGUUGAGGAUAUCAACCUGAACGUUUACAAGCAGGUGUAUAUUUACUAUUUUACACUUUAUUAGUUUCUUUACCAAUAUUAAUUGGAAUUUUUUAUUUGUACAAAAUAGCAAAUACAAUAAAUUUUUAUUUAUUAAAUAAUUUCAUAUUUAAUUAUGAAAUUUUAUAUUUUUCUUUAGUUAUAGCAUUUUUAGUAAAAAUACCAAUAUUUUUAGUACAUUUAUGAUUACCAAAAGCUCAUGUUGAAGCUCCAGUAUCUGGUUCAAUAAUUUUAGCAGGAAUUAUAUUAAAAUUAGGAGGUUAUGGUUUAUUACGUGUAUUUCCUUUUUUACAAAUAUUAGGUUUAAAAUUUAAUUAUAUUUGAAUUAGAAUUAGAUUAGUAGGAGGAGUAUUAGUAAGUUUAACUUGUUUAUGUCAGACUGAUUUAAAGGCUUUGAUUGCUUAUUCAUCAGUUGCUCAUAUAGGAAUUGUUUUAGCAGGAUUAAUAACUUUAACAUAUAUAGGAAUUUGUGGUUCUUAUACUUUAAUGAUUGCUCAUGGGUUAUGUUCUUCUGGAUUAUUUUGUUUAGCUAAUAUUACAUACGAACGAAUAGGAAGUCGAAGUUUAUUAAUCAAUAAGGGUUUAUUAAAUUUUAUGCCUUCAAUAAGAUUAUGAUGAUUUUUAUUAAGUUCAGCAAAUAUAGCUGCUCCUCCUACAUUAAAUUUAUUAGGAGAAAUUUCUUUAAUUAAUAGAAUUGUUAGAUGAUCAUGAUUAACUAUAUUAAUAUUAUCUCUUUUAUCUUUUUUUAGAGCUGCUUAUACUUUGUAUUUAUAUGCUUAUAGACAACAUGGAAAGGUUUUUUCUGGAGUUUACUCUUUUAGAGGAGGAAAAGUUCGAGAGUAUUUACUUUUAUUUUUACAUUGAUUUCCUUUAAAUCUAUUAAUUUUAAAGAGAGAUAUAUGUAUAUUAUGAUUAU